AACAUUCACUUCUCGAGAUACCCCGUCUUUCAUCCCAUCUCUUCUAAUCACCAUGUCUGCCCUCAAGUCCAUCCGCUCCCUCGCGCCCCUCCUCGACCGCGUGCUCGUGCAGCGCCUCAAGCCCGAGGCCAAGACGGCAACCGGCAUCUUCCUGCCCGAGACGGCCGUCAAGGAGCUGAACGAGGCCAAGGUGCUUGCCGUCGGUCCCGGCGCAUUCGACAAGUCUGGCAACCGCGUUGCUGUCAGCGUGCAGCCCGGCGACAAGGUCCUGAUCCCCCAGUUCGGCGGUAGCCCGAUUAAGGUCGGCGAGGAGGAGUACAGCUUGUUUAGGGAUCACGAGCUCCUUGCCAAGAUCAACGAGUAAACGUAUCGCCGCAAUGAGCGAAUGUACACUCGGUCGAACGUCGAGUUGAAUGUAUACCUAAUGUAUCAACAUCGCCCAUCACAAAAGAUACGCUCGCAUCACCAGCCGGCGUUUUGGCAUAUACCUGAAAGUUUUGGGCACUUGUAUUGACAGCGACAUGUGUAAUUACAAUUGAAGGACUGGGGAGGAUGUGAUACGAAGUAAAGAGAAGAAAUCCAAGAUCUCCGCUAUAUUGCGACAACCACAACCAU